AACCACACGGGGAGGUCUCGCUCUGAUGCCUGGGCAAAAAGGCGGCGUCGGCGGACGAUUGCGCAGAGCCGGCAACGGCCGCUAGUUUUGCGGCUUCGCCGGCUGACGACAGCGCCGUUCAAGGUUGAGCCCCGCGCUGCAGGGCCCCGGACGCGGCUCAUGCAUAUUCAGCGCGCUUUGUCCGCGUGACAGAGGGAGGCGGAGCCAGCCGGGCAGCCGCGGCCGCUGGGUGACCGGAAGAGCCGCAGGAGGAGGAGGAGCGGCGGCGGCAGCGGGCAGCAGGAGCUGGAGCUGAACCGGGACUGCAGCCCAGCAGGUUAGGCGCCAUGUCGACCGAGGCUACCGAGCUGAUGGAUGAGCCGGAAAGCCAUUCUUACGAGGAGGAGGAGGAGGAGGAAGAAGAAGAGGAGGAGGAGGAGGAGGGGGAGGAGGAGAAGACCAGCAGUCCCACAGACCUGUCUGAGCUGCUGAAGGAAGGGACCAAGGAGGCCCAUGACCGGGCUGAGAAUACCCAGUUUGUCAAAGAUUUCCUGAAGGGACACAUCAAGAGGGAGCUCUUCAAGCUGGGCACAGCAGCCCUUUAUUUCACCUACUCGGCGCUGGAGGAGGAGAUGGAGCACAACAAGGACCAGCCCAGCUUUACCCCUCUGUAUUUCCCCUUGGAGCUGCACCGGAAAGAAGCCUUAGCAAGAGAUCUGGAGUAUUUGUAUGGGGAAGGCUGGGAGGAGAAGAUCCAGUGCUCAGAAGCCACUCAGCGCUACGUGGAUCGCAUCCAUCAUGUUGGGCAGCAGGAGCCGGAGCUCCUGGUGGCCCAUGCUUACACCCGCUACAUGGGGGACCUUUCUGGGGGUCAGGUGCUGAAAAGGGUGGCUCAGCGUGCACUGAAGUUGCCAAGCAGUGGAGAAGGAAUCAACUUCUACAUGUUUGAAAACAUUUCCAACCCCCAGCAGUUCAAGCAAUUCUACCGAGCCCGGCUGAACGCCCUGGAUGUGUCCCAGGAGACCAAGGAGAGGAUUGUCAAGGAGGCCAACAGAGCCUUUGAAUUCAACAUGCAGGUCUUUGAGGAGCUGGACAAGAUCGGGGCUUUAUUACCAGAAGAAGCCCAAGAUGGCGGCCUCCCAGUGCAUGAUGGGAAAGGAGACAUGCGCAAAUGCCCGUACUAUGCAUCAAAACUCGCCGGCUCCAAGGACACUGCCUGCCCCUGCCACCUCGCCUUGGCUGCCCUGAAGCAGCCCACCGUCCAGCUGGUCUUGGCAGCCUGCGUUGCAGUCACUGCUGGCAUUGCAGCCUGGUACGUGAUGUGAGGCUGGGCACCGGCUGCCCAUUGGCCCUUGAAGAAAGUGCUCUUUUUCUCCAUUGAAAUAAGUGGACUUUUAAUGCCGGAUUUAAUUGAGGAAACAUUAAACCCAAAUCCAGUGUACAAAUGCCUAUGUCUCCAAACAAUUGGGAACAGAACUAAUCAGAAAAUCUGAGCUAUUGGCUUGGGGAGAGAAGGGGCCCGAACGGUUAGAGCUUUUCUCUUCCACGCUACGUGGAGGGCGGGAGGUGGGAGGACAGGCAGGCAGUCCUCUCGUCUGGAUGCAGAAUGCACUUCACUCCUGCUUAGUUGCAGGGGGGUUCUCCCAUUUGUACAUAUGGAAAGUGGUCAUGGUUUAAUGUUCAUGUAGCUUCUAGACUAUGGCAAUGCCUCUGACAUAAUAAAACUGAUCUUUGGUUUC